AAAACAGCGCCAUCAACACCGUCUCUAAGCGAUUCGCAGUUCCGCACAGGAUCACCGCAAGGUUGCGGCAGUUUUGCAGCGGAACAUUCAUUCAUUGCAAUUAUUUGCACAAACAGGACGCCGCAGAAAAACCUCCGGAUAUUUUCCAGGUUCACAUGGUAACGACCUUGGGGGAAAUAUAGCUAAUCAAAUAGUCUUGUAUCUAAUAUCAACUGCAAGCGUUCCUUGAAAACGGGCCGUUGAACCUAAAGCUCGUAGAGGCAUGUCGCACAGAAGAAGUCGGAGUAGUACGCCACCCUCGUACACCACCAACAGCAAUGACCCUCGUGACCUGGAGCGAAGGAUUUUUGUUGGAAAUUUGCCCACGGCACACAUGGCGAAGAAGGACAUGGAGGAUCUGUUCAGGCCAUAUGGGAAAAUACAGGCUUUGUCCCUGUUUCGUGGGUACGGAUUUGUGCAGUUUGAGCGAGUGGAGGAUGCCGAGGCUGCUAAAGCCGGACAUAACGGUCGAAUUUAUAGAGGUUAUAAACUAGAUGUAAAUAUGGCAGCGGAGAGACGACAGAAUAAAUCCAGGUCAAGCCCUCCACGCAGGCCAUCCAGCGCUUACGGGGACAGUCGAGAGCCCCGUCCACGUUCUCGGUCCCCGGUGCAUGGGCGAGAUUCUCGAGACCACCGUGACAGUCGAGAGAUGAGGGGGGAUAGCCGUGAACCACGUACCGGUCCACCUCGUGAGCAUGAACCUAGAGCCCCAGCCGAUGACCGAUACAGGGGGUCAGAGAGCAGGGAGAAAGAUCCUUCCUACAGAGAGGAAGGGUAUGAUCGUUAUUACCGUGCGGAUUACGACUACUAUCGGAAGAAAGAGGAGACGUACCCAGAGCGCUACAGAGAACCCUGGAAUGGCAGGAGAGAGUCAGAGGAAGAGCGCCUGCGUCCUGAAGAGCGUCGUAGGAACGAACUUUACCGUCAAUAUUACGAAGAGCUGCAGAGGCGCUAUGAUGCUGAGAGACCAGUGGAUUGUUCUGUCAUAGUCGUCAACAAGCUGCAAAAGGAAUAUGCCGAGACAGUGGGCAGGAAGGUUCGGGAUCUGGGUAUGGUGGUGGAUCUCAUCUUCCUGAAUACUGAAGUGUCAUUGACCCAAGCUCUGGAGGAUGUAAGUCGGGCUCGCACACCCUUUGCCAUUAUCAUCACCCAGCAGCACCAAGUACAUCGUUCCUGUACGGUCAACAUCCUCUUUGGGACCCCGCAAGAGCACAGGAACAUGCCCAUGCAGGAUGCCAUGGUGCUGGUGGCCCACAACUUUGAAUCCUUUAAAGCUGAACACCGCACUAAAGAAAGGGAUGAGAUUGCGAGGAAGGCGGCCAAGAUGGCCGACGAUGUGUUGAUGCGAGAACAUGACAGAGAGGGCCAUCCCGUCUCUCUCCUGACCCCCAUCACACUGCUGUCGGAGGGCAGGUUUAUGACUCCAGAUGAGUUGGCCAGGCUAAUUGAAUAUCUGAGAGACAAACGUGAUCGUCUUGUCAGAAGCAGUACUGAUGCAGGAUCACACCCUCCACCUGCGACCCACGAGCCCUCUCAGACGACACCGGCUCUAUCUGUGCCAGCUCAACCCACGUACUCCAGCCUGUCCCUGCAUUCCACCCAUCUGACCGCUGCAUCCAACCCUGCCUCCACCGCCACCAGCCAACAGCAAGAGCUCCAGGCUAAAAUUCUCAGCAUCUUCAACAGCGGCAGCGGCGCAUCUUCAGUGUCCAGCCCCGCUCCGGUAUCCCAAACGCAGGGUUACACCUCCAGCCUCGGCCCUCAGACCACUGGGCUCCAGUCUUCUCAUGCCGCCGGCAUACCCAAAAUAGCUGCUGUCCAGCCACAGAGCAUGAUGAGCCCUCGGCCAUCCUUGAGGCCUCCUGGCGCUCGUAUGCCGGGGCCGGUCGGCCCUCCAAGGCCGGCUGUUACCGCCGGCACUGGGAUCAACUUCGACAACCCCAGCGUGCAGAAAGCCUUGGAUACGCUCAUCCAGAGUGGCCCCAUUAACCACUUGGUGAAUAUGGGAUCUGGGGGUCAAGGGCCACGGUCAGCGCAGGGAAUGGGCCAGAGCAUGGAUCCACCACCCAUGUCCCAUUAUUCCCGCCAUUACUGAAAUGAAUAAAUUUGACAUGAAUCGAGAAGUCGGCGUUGCUCUGAAUCAUCAUAAAUUAUUUUUGUUCCCGUGUCAUUUGUGAUAACACAAACGCGUUGUGUGAAGUCAUAGUUUUCUGGUUUUACGGUUUUCUUUUUCUUUUUACUCUAAUGUGAUAAAUGAAACCUUUACAGAGCAUGAUUGUGUAAUGCAUCAAUAUAUGGAAAAAUUUCUGUUGUUUUAUAUGGAAUUUGUGCAUUGUAUAUACCAGCCAACUUCUGAAUUAAUAAAUUCAUUUUAGAUACAAAAA